GUGGAAAACCCGCGGGUGUCGGCUCGUGGCGGACGCUUGAGGGCAGGGGGCGCUCGGGCUCCUGCCUGGCCGGCCGGUCAACCGGAGACGCUCUACCCGAAGCGCAGCUCUCGAUGAGCCGCGCCCUGCGUCGUCACGCCGAGGCGGCUGGGCGAUGCGCUUGCGCACUGAGAACUCACACCAUAUGUGCCCUGUUCCAGUGCGCGGGUCUGUGGAGAGCCGGGUGCGAGCGGCGGCAGCACGGGGGGAAAAGAGCUGAGCGGAGACCAAAGUCAGCCGGGAGACAGUGGGUCUGUGAGAGACCGAAUAGAGGGGCUGGGGCCACGAGCGCCAUUGACAAGCAAUGGGGAAGAAACAGAAAAACAAGAGCGAAGACAGCACCAAGGAUGACAUUGAUCUUGAUGCCUUGGCUGCAGAAAUAGAAGGAGCUGGUGCUGCCAAAGAACAGGAGCCUCAAAAGUCAAAAGGGAAAAAGAAAAAAGAGAAAAAAAAGCAGGACUUUGAUGAAGAUGAUAUCCUGAAAGAACUGGAAGAAUUGUCUUUGGAAGCUCAAGGCAUCAAAGCUGACAGAGAAACUGUUGCAGUGAAGCCAACAGAAAACAAUGAAGAGGAAUUCACCUCAAAAGAUAAAAAAAAGAAAGGACAGAAGGGCAAAAAACAGAGUUUUGAUGAUAAUGAUAGCGAAGAAUUGGAAGAUAAAGAUUCAAAAUCAAAAAAGACUGCAAAACCGAAAGUGGAAAUGUACUCUGGGAGUGAUGAUGAUGAUGAUUUUAACAAACUUCCUAAAAAAGCUAAAGGGAAAGCUCAAAAAUCAAAUAAGAAGUGGGAUGGGUCAGAGGAGGAUGAGGAUAACAGUAAAAAAAUUAAAGAGCGUUCAAGAGUAAAUUCUUCUGGUGAAAGUGGUGAUGAAUCAGAUGAAUUUUUGCAAUCUAGAAAAGGACAGAAAAAAAAUCAGAAAAACAAGCCAGGUCCUAACAUAGAAAGUGGGAAUGAAGAUGAUGACGCCUCCUUCAAAAUUAAGACAGUGGCCCAAAAGAAGGCAGAAAAGAAGGAGCGCGAGAGAAAAAAGCGAGAUGAAGAAAAAGCGAAACUGCGGAAGCUGAAAGAAAAAGAAGAGUUAGAAACAGGUAAAAAGGAUCAGAGUAAACAAAAGGAAUCUCAAAGGAAAUCUGAAGAAGAAACUGUAAAAUCCAAAGUGACUGUUGAUACUGGAGUAAUUCCUGCCUCUGAAGAGAAAGCAGAGACUCCCACAGCUGCAGAAGAUGACAAUGAAGGAGACAAAAAGAAGAAAGAUAAGAAGAAAAAGAAAGGAGAAAAGGAAGAAAAAGAGAAAGAGAAGAAAAAAGGACCUAGCAAAGCCACUGUUAAAGCUAUGCAAGAAGCUCUGGCUAAGCUUAAAGAGGAAGAAGAAAGACAGAAGAGAGAAGAGGAAGAACGUAUAAAACGGCUUGAAGAAUUAGAAGCCAAGCGUAAAGAAGAGGAACGAUUGGAACAAGAAAAAAGAGAAAGGAAAAAGCAAAAAGAAAAAGAAAGAAAAGAACGCUUGAAAAAAGAAGGGAAACUUUUAACUAAAUCCCAGAGAGAAGCCAGAGCCAGAGCCGAAGCUACUCUUAAACUCCUACAAGCUCAGGGUGUUGAAGUGCCAUCAAAAGACUCUUUGCCAAAGAAGAGGCCAAUUUAUGAAGAUAAAAAGAGGAAAAAAAUACCACAGCAGCUAGAAAGUAAAGAAGUGUCUGAAUCAAUGGAAUUAUGUGCUGCUGUAGAAGUUACGGAACAAGGAGUACCAGAAAAGGAAGAGACACUACCUCCUGUUGAACCAGAAGAAGAAGAAGAUACUGAGGAUGCUGGAUUGGAUGAUUGGGAAGCUAUGGCCAGUGAUGAGGAGACAGAAAAAGUAGAAGGAAACACAGUUCAUAUAGAAGUAAAAGAAAACCCUGAAGAGGAGGAGGAGGAGGAAGAAGAGGAAGAAGAAGAUGAAGAAAGUGAAGAAGAGGAGGAAGAGGAGGGAGAAAGUGAAGGCAGUGAAGGUGAUGAGGAAGAUGAAAAGGUGUCAGAUGAGAAGGAUUCAGGGAAGACAUUAGAUAAAAAGCCAAGUAAAGAAAUGAGCUCAGAUUCUGAAUAUGACUCUGAUGAUGAUCGGACUAAAGAAGAAAGGGCUUAUGACAAAGCAAAACGGAGGAUUGAGAAACGGCGACUUGAACAUAGUAAAAAUGUAAAUACCGAAAAGCUAAGAGCCCCUAUUAUCUGCGUACUUGGGCAUGUGGACACAGGGAAGACAAAAAUUCUAGAUAAGCUCCGUCACACACAUGUACAAGACGGUGAAGCAGGUGGUAUCACACAACAAAUUGGGGCCACCAAUGUUCCUCUUGAAGCUAUUAAUGAACAGACUAAGAUGAUUAAAAAUUUUGAUAGAGAGAAUGUACGGAUUCCAGGAAUGCUAAUUAUUGAUACUCCUGGGCAUGAAUCUUUCAGUAAUCUGAGAAAUAGAGGAAGCUCUCUUUGUGACAUUGCCAUUUUAGUUGUUGAUAUUAUGCAUGGUUUGGAGCCCCAGACAAUUGAGUCUAUCAACCUUCUCAAAUCUAAAAAAUGUCCCUUCAUUGUUGCACUCAAUAAGAUUGAUAGGUUAUAUGAUUGGAAAAAGAGUCCUGACUCUGAUGUGGCUGCUACUUUAAAGAAGCAGAAAAAGAAUACAAAAGAUGAAUUUGAGGAGCGAGCAAAGGCUAUUAUUGUAGAAUUUGCACAGCAGGGUUUGAAUGCUGCUUUGUUUUAUGAGAAUAAAGAUCCCCGCACUUUUGUGUCUUUGGUACCUACCUCUGCACAUACUGGUGAUGGCAUGGGAAGUCUGAUCUACCUUCUUGUAGAGUUAACUCAGACCAUGUUGAGCAAGAGACUUGCACACUGUGAAGAGCUGAGAGCACAGGUGAUGGAGGUUAAAGCUCUCCCGGGGAUGGGCACCACUAUAGAUGUCAUCUUGAUCAAUGGGCGUUUGAAGGAAGGAGAUACAAUCAUUGUUCCUGGAGUAGAAGGGCCCAUUGUAACUCAGAUUCGAGGCCUCCUGUUACCUCCUCCUAUGAAGGAAUUACGAGUGAAGAACCAGUAUGAAAAGCAUAAAGAAGUAGAAGCAGCUCAGGGGGUAAAGAUUCUUGGAAAAGACCUGGAGAAAACAUUGGCUGGUUUACCCCUCCUUGUGGCUUAUAAAGAAGAUGAAAUCCCUGUUCUUAAAGAUGAAUUGAUCCAUGAGUUAAAGCAGACACUAAAUGCUAUCAAAUUAGAAGAAAAAGGAGUCUAUGUCCAGGCAUCUACACUGGGUUCUUUGGAAGCUCUACUGGAAUUUCUGAAAACAUCAGAAGUGCCCUAUGCAGGAAUUAACAUUGGCCCAGUGCAUAAAAAAGAUGUUAUGAAGGCUUCAGUGAUGUUGGAACAUGACCCUCAGUAUGCAGUAAUUUUGGCCUUCGAUGUGAGAAUUGAACGAGAUGCACAAGAAAUGGCUGAUAGUUUAGGAGUUAGAAUUUUUAGUGCAGAAAUUAUUUAUCAUUUAUUUGAUGCCUUUACAAAAUAUAGACAAGACUACAAGAAACAGAAACAAGAAGAAUUUAAGCACAUAGCAGUAUUUCCCUGCAAGAUAAAAAUCCUCCCUCAGUACAUUUUUAAUUCUCGAGAUCCGAUAGUGAUGGGGGUGACGGUGGAAGCAGGUCAGGUGAAACAGGGGACACCCAUGUGUGUCCCAAGCAAAAAUUUUGUUGACAUCGGAAUAGUAACAAGUAUUGAAAUAAACCAUAAACAAGUGGAUGUUGCAAAAAAAGGACAAGAAGUCUGUGUAAAAAUAGAACCUAUCCCUGGUGAGUCACCCAAAAUGUUUGGAAGACAUUUUGAAGCUACAGACAUUCUUGUUAGUAAGAUCAGCCGGCAGUCCAUUGAUGCACUCAAAGACUGGUUCAGAGAUGAAAUGCAGAAGAGUGACUGGCAGCUUAUUGUGGAGCUGAAGAAAGUAUUUGAAAUCAUCUAAUUUUUUCACAUGGAGCAGGAACUGGAGUAAAUGCAAUACUGUGUUGUAAUAUCCCAACAAAAAUCAGACAAAAAAUGGAACAGACGUAUUUGGACACUGAUGGACUUAAGUAUGGAAGGAAGAAAAAUAGGUGUAUAAAAUGUUUUCCAUGAGAAACCAAGAAACUUACACUGGUUUGACAGUGGUCAGUUACAUGUCCCCACAGUUCCAAUGUGCCUGUUCACUCACCUCUCCCUUCCCCAACCCUUCUCUACUUGGCUGCUGUUUUAAAGUUUGCCCUUCCCCAAAUUUGGAUUUUUAUUACAGAUCUAAAGCUCUUUCGAUUUUAUACUGAUUAAAUCAGUACUGCAGUAUUUGAUUAACCAA